UCACUUUUUCCUCUUUCCGUUUUCACGUUCCUUUGCCAUAGCCGAAACCCUUCUGAAAUCGUUUUGUAUAAAGGUGGAGGCUCAACAUUGGUCAUGUCAUCAGUUCUUCUGCAACCAUCUUCAUCCACACACUCCUAAACAACAAUGCAGUUCUUCGUUCUUGCCACUUUGGUUGCGGUUGCAGUUGCCGCUGAUGUCUACCCUUCCAGUCCAGCUCCAGCUUACAGCAAGAGCUACGAUUACCCCCCACAACCGUACAGCUUCGCAUGGGAAGUGAACGAUGCUCCUUCCUACAACAAUUAUGCCCACUCUGAGAACAGCGAUGGCAAGUUGACUACUGGAUCUUACCGUGUUGUUCUACCUGACGGACGCACCCAAAUUGUCAGCUACAAAGCUGAUAGCAAUGGAUAUAUUGCCGAUGUCAAAUACGAAGGUGUGGCCAAGUAUCCGGAAUACAAACCCGCCGCUUCUUACCCGGCUCCAGCUUACAAGGCCCCUGCCUACACUGAAAAUACUAAUUAGUUGAAACUGAUGUCUAUUUGUAAAAUAAAAAAAUAACUCAAGCGUGGCUCAGAGUAGAUGUUUAUAAUAAAGAAACUUUUCAUAUAAAAA